UACUACUAUUUGGUUACCUAUAUUUCUUACAACCAUGGUACUAAGACUGAACAUCGACCAAAUAAAACCAGCAACACAAGAUUGGAUUUGCAAAGUUCAAAUUGUCGAAAUAGGACGCCCCCGAGAAAGCCUUGACAAGAAAUGUACAUUCCAAAAUUUAAUUUUGGAAGAUGAACAGGAAUGCCAAAUUAGGGCCGUUAUGUACACUAAUGAAAUCGAGCAGUAUGCAGCUAAACUUAAACUCUUCAAUACAUACCUCAUCUCUACUGCAAGAGUGAAAGUCUCACCAACCUCAUACGGCAAACCAAUACAUCAAUUUUACUGGAUUCUUGACAAAGAAACAGUAAUUGAACAAAUCAAACCAUCUAAUGAAGUUGAAAAGCCGCUUCCACCGCCAACCAAACUGAAUAUCACCAGUUUUGACCGCAUUCCUCAUCUAAUGGUUGAUUCUGCUGCUGAAAUAGAUGUACUGGCAGUCGUUCUUCGUUGUGGCCCUCAAAAAAACGCCGGUCACAGUCAUCAUAGGUGUCGAGAAAUUACCCUUUGUGACAAUCAGCAAAAUCAGUUCCUCUUCACUCUAUGGGAGGAUUUCGGAGAAAUAGAAGGACACAAAAUUUCUUCAAAAAUGGCAACAGAGACAGAUCUCCUUGUAAUUCUUGGAAAAAGUAUAGGAAUCUCUACUUAUCAAGGGCUGUCACUGCAGACUAGGUACAAUUCCACAGUACGGGUGAAUCCAAAUUACCCCCAGGCAGUUGCACUCCUCAACUGGGCAAAAGAAAACAAAACAAUGUUGUUAAGUUCUCCAUCAGAUACAACCUCAACAAGCUCAUCUAUCACUCCCAUGAUAGUCACCCCUUCUGGCCAACAACUUAUCUCUAUUGCAGAUAUCUCAUCAGUACCUUCCAUAAGUCAUACUUAA